AUGGUUAACAUGACUUUCUUUCUCUUGUCUUUCCAGAUCAAGUCCAGGCAGAGAGUGGCUAAGACUGUCCUGGUGUUUGUCGGCCUGUUUGCUGUCUGUUGGCUGCCCAGUCAUGUGCUCUACUUGUACCGCUCUUACCACUAUGACAAGGUAGACACCUCACUGGGCCACUUCAUUGCCAGUGUGCUUGCACGCAUAUUGGCUUUUACCAACUCCUGCGUGAACCCAUUUGCCCUUUACCUGAUGAGCAACAGCUUCAGGAAACACUUCAACAGGCAGCUCCUGUGCUGUGCUCCUCCUGAAAAGCUCCACAGACAGAGCAGCAGGAGUACAAAUAUAACCACUGUCUAA